UACAAGGGAAGGGAAAGAAAACCAAAAAGAAAAUAAAGUUUUAAUAUAAUUUUCGCGGUCUCCAUCUUUUGAAUUCUACUCUUCUACUUUCAGUCAGUCAAACCCACCUCCAUAAAACUGAAGAAAAAGAAAAAAAAAAAUCUUUGUCCCCCUCUCUCUGCUUGAAACCCUAGCGACCAGUUCAAAAUCCAAUAGGACAAAGAUGAAGACGAAGACACCAUUGAAUUUGACGCAACUCAAGCUCUCUGUUCCAGCUCAAGAAGCCAACAUCAAGUCUUUCUUGACUGCCAGUGGUACAUUUCAUGACGGCGAUCUGCGUCUAAACCAGAAAGGGUUGCGGCUUAUCUCUGAAGAAAAGGAGGCCCAAGAUCAGCCUUCUGACAGUAAGGAGCUCAAUUUCGAAAUUUCAUUGGAAGACCUUGAGACAAUUAAAGUCAUUGGGAAGGGAAGUGGUGGUGUAGUACAACUCGUUCGUCAUAAAUGGGUCGGCAAAUUAUUUGCCUUGAAGGUGAUCCAGAUGAACAUACAAGAGGAAAUUCGUAAGCAGAUUGUGCAGGAGCUAAAAAUAAACCAAGCAGCACAAUGUCCACACGUUGUGGUUUGUCAUGACUCAUUUUAUCACAAUGGGGCCAUUUCUCUUGUGUUAGAAUAUAUGGAUCGUGGGUCUCUUGCAGAUGUGAUCAGACAAGUUAAAACAAUUCUUGAACCAUAUCUUGCAGUCGUUUGUAAACAGGUAUUACAAGGUCUUGUCUACUUGCAUAAUGAAAGGCAUGUAAUACAUAGAGACAUAAAACCAUCCAAUCUGCUAGUAAACCAUGAAGGGGAGGUCAAGAUUACUGAUUUUGGUGUGAGUGCUUCGCUUGCUAGCUCUAUGGGUCAAAGGGACACAUUUGUUGGUACUUACAAUUACAUGUCGCCGGAGAGGAUCAGUGGCAGUACUUAUGACUAUAGCAGUGAUAUUUGGAGUUUAGGCUUGGUGGUACUUGAGUGUGCUAUUGGGAGGUUUCCUUACAUGCAAUCUGAAGAUCAGCAAAGCUGGCCAAGCUUUUAUGAACUUUUGGAGGCAAUUGUGGAAAGUCCACCACCUUCUGCUCCGUCGGAUCAGUUCUCCCCUGAGUUUUGUUCUUUCGUGUCUGCCUGCAUACAGAAGAACCCUCAAGACAGAUCGUCAUCUUUAGACCUUUUGGGUCACCCCUUCAUCAAAAAGUUCGAAGACAAAGACAUUGAUCUUGGGAUCCUGGUUGGUAGCUUAGAACCUCCUGUAAAUUUUCCUAGAUAGUUUGUCCUGCAGUGUAAUCCUGAGGAUACAAUGUUUUUACUCAUAUGUACCAGUGUUCAGUUUUGAUCAAACAUUACAUAAAUUCUCUUGUGGUAACUAAAGCAGUUCGGUUUCAUGUUCAGUUACUACUUUUUGUGUUC